AUAUAUAUGUACAUAUCACUAAAUUUUAAUUAUACACCAUAUAAAAUAAAUAAAAUGAGUUUUGAUUUAUUUACCAAAAUCAUGAUUGUAAAUAAACAAAAAAAGCAUUAGUUUUGAUUUAUGUGUUUACUCUAAUGUAUAUACUUUUAUAGAUAAAAAUAAUUUUUAAUAUGUUAUUUUAUCCUGAUAAUUCCAGAAAUACACUUUUUCAAAUCGAAGUGAUUUUUAAUAUUAGAAGCACUAUAUAUAUAUAUAUAUUCUUUCAUUCAGAUUAAAUAAUUUAGUCUUGAUUUUUUCCUAAAAAGCUUUUAAUGAAAUAUUAUGACAAGAUUUCAAUAACCUACUUUUGAUUUUGUUUGAAGAAUAAGAGAUUUGAUAAUUCGUCUAAUAUUUGUUUAUAAGAAUGAGAAAUUUGACCUAUUUAUUAUCAGUUUUCUCUUUUAUCAUUUAAUAAAUCAAACAGUUUUUAGUUUAUACAUAGUUUACAUAUACUAGAAUGGUAAAAUAUUAUAUAUAGUUUUUAUCGGUAUACUAUCAAGUAACUAAACUUCAAAAGCGUAUGUUAAUAAAAUAACUAAUUUAUUUUGUUGAUAUAUAAUUAUAUGAUUUCAGACCGAACUUGUGAAUAUAUAAUAGACAGACAUUUAUAUUCCGAGUAUGCACUUAUAUUCUAAAAUAGUUUGGUAUAUUAGAUUUGAACACUAACCUGUGAAUAGAGUUUGCCGGUGAUUUUUUUCAAAAAUUUGAUUUUUAAAUAUGUAUCCGGAGUGGAAAUAAUGAUUACAAAUGUCCAUCUUUUUAAAUUAACACUUAUGUAAUUCAUCAAAUUCACAGAAGAAUUUUUUUUAAAAAAGAAACAUAACUCAUAUCGGUGAAACAAAUACAAGAACAAAAGCACAAUUUUAUAGAGGUAGAAAAUGAAAUCACUGAUAGUAAACAAAUCAAGAGAAGAAAACCUAAUCCCUCUUCGUUAUUUUACAAUCGAUGUUGCCUAUCUGGUUUUAGUAAUUCAGGUCAGCCGUAAAACAUAAUUUUUUUUUUGUGCAUAUGAAAUAAUGAAAAUAACUAAAAUGAGCUGUAUUAUGUUAACUCUUCAACAAUAAUAAUACAUUUAAGAGACCAACAUUUGUAUUUGUCAUUUUUAAUCGAUAAAGAUAAUAGUGUUGCAAAAUGUUAAAACAAUUUAAUGAAUAAACAUUAGUAUAAAAAAUACAUUCGCCUAUGCGCACGGGUUAUCGUCUACUUUCACUUAUUAUUGAUUUUCCUAUCCGAAGAUUAUAUAAAUAUUUAGAAAAAAAUUCCUAAAUCAAUGAAACUAAACGUAGCCACAUGCUAUAGAAAACUACACCAAUCGAUCUCUGCCAUUCAAAUCAGUCCGAGAUGAUGUCACAGUUUGUUUCCACGCAUAGCGACUGCGCUUAUUUCCACUCAACUAGACUUCAUUGUGCGUACCUGGUGGGGCGAAGGAAUCUUCGCUUAGGUCUUUUUGCUUCGAAAUAUUAAAUGCUAUUAUUCCCUUUGACUAUAUACCAUGUUGAACAAUUCCUUAGUUAGAAUAGUCCUCACUCUGAUAGAAUUUCCCCAGUUUCAUGGACCUGCAUCGACAUAUAUAUAUGGUUGUUCUUCUCCAAAAAUUCAGCAAAUGAGAUGCACCAGCCCUGUACUUUUGAACUGCUUCCACGUGAUAUUCAGGAUGGAGCAAAGACAUGUAUUUAUAGGUAGGGAAAGGGACCUAGCUUCUUCAUCAAGUUUUGAUAACUUUUUCACCAAGUUUUUCUUACUUUCUUGGAAGUCUAUCCUUUAAUCUCAACCAUCCAUCAAAGUUGAUAGGAGAUAUAGUCUAUCAGGCGACAUUGUUGCAGAACACAAGAUUCGUUCAAGAUUGUCAGAUUAUCUGUUGUUGUCACAUGCCUCACGUAUUGCCUAUGAUAUGGAUGAUCCUUUGUGUUCAUCUUAUUUGCAUCUCAAGCCAACCGGAGACGAGGUUUAUCUAUAACGGCUUUCACCAAGCAGAGCUUUAUACUGAUGGGGUUGCCAAAGUUCUUCCCGAAGGACAGUUGCAGUUAACCAACGGAUCCGGACAGAGCAUGGGUCAUGCUUUCUUCAAGAAACCUUUUGAGUUCACAGCUGAAUCACUCUCUUUCUCAACACAAUUUGUCUGUGCUCUGGUUCCUAAGCCAGGAUCUGGUGGUCAUGGCAUCGCCUUUGUUUUAUCUGCCUCCAUAGAUCUCUCGCAUGCAGAUGCUACGCAGUACUUGGGACUUUUUAACAUCUCGACUCAAGGAAACUCCUCUUCUCACCUAGUUGCUGUUGAGCUAGAUACUGCCCUCAGCGCUGAGUUUGAUGACAAAAAUGCUAAUCAUGUUGGUAUCAAUGUCAAUAGCCUUUUCUCUAUCGAAUCUGCCCCCGCUGCUUACUUUUCCGAUAUUAAAGGUAAAAACGAGAGCAUAGAGCUUUCGAGUGGAGAUCCUAUUCAAGUCUGGGUAGACUACAGAGGAAACGUGCUUAAUGUUUCGAUGGCACCUCUUAAGAAUCAGAAGCCAAGUCAGCCUCUUCUAUCAAGCUCUAUCAACCUUUCAGAAAUUUUCCCGGAUAGAAAAAUAUUUAUUGGGUUCUCUGGAGCCACAGGGACACUGAUAAGCUACCAAUACAUACUAGGAUGGAGCUUUAGUGGAAACAGUGUGUCAUUGCAGCGCCUGGAUGCUACUAAACUCCCUCGAGUUCCUCCUCAUAAAUGUAGAACAGAGAGACCAUCGAAGCUGCUAAUAUUCCUCUUCAUAUUACUGGCGGUCAUAGUUUUGGUUGUUCUUGUAGCAGCUUUUGUCUACAGGAGAAGGAAAUACGCUGAAGUAAGAGAGGAAUGGGAAGAAGAAUAUGGUCCACACCGCUUCUCCUAUAAAACUCUGUACAAUGCGACCAAAGGGUUUCACGAGGAUGAACUUCUUGGAAAAGGAGGUUUUGGAGAAGUGUACAAAGGAACUCUGCCUUGCAAUGGACAAAUAGCUGUGAAGAGAGUGUCCCACAGCGCGGAUGAAGGAAUGAAGCAGUUUGUGGCUGAAAUCGUGAGCAUGGGUAAUCUAAAACACAAGAAUAUUGUCCCACUUCUUGGCUACUGUAGAAGAAAAGGUGAGUUAUUUCUGGUAUCUGAAUACAUGCCCAAUGGUAGUCUUGACCAAUACUUAUUCCAUGACGAUAAACCGCCCUUCUCAUGGCGUCGAAGAUUUGCAAUAAUCAAGGACAUAGCUUCAGCUCUCAGUUACAUGCAUACAGGAGCUCCCCAAGUUGUUCUCCACCGGGAUAUCAAGGCUUCUAACGUUAUGUUAGACGCUGAAUUCAACGGAAGGUUAGGAGACUUUGGUAUGGCAAGGUUCCAUGAUGAUUGGGCAGACACAGCUACAACUGCCGCUGUGGGAACCAUUGGCUACAUGGCCCCGGAGCUUUCUACAGUGAGAGCUUCCACUGCAACCGACGUUUAUAGCUUUGGUGCCUUUUUACUUGAGUUAACAUGUGGGAGGAGACCAGUUGACCCUGCGUUGCCAGAGGAAAGACGGUAUUUAGUUAAGUGGGUCUGCCAAUGCUGGAAAAUGGCGUCUUUGCUCGGAGCAAGAGAUCUUAGAAUGAGAGGUGAAAUCUCAUCUGAGGAAGUCGAAAUGGUACUGAAAGUUGGGUUGCUUUGCACGAAUGCUUUGGCGGAAAUGAGACCUUCGAUGGAAGAAGUUGUGCAAUACUUGAAUGAAAGCCUAAAGCUGCCUGAUAUCUCCGUAAACUCUCCUGGUAUUGGGUCCUUUGCUCCGUUCAUUAUUGGAUCUAACCUCCUCCUUCCUUCUCACACUACCAACACCUUCUCUACGUCCUCUUACUCUUCUUCCUCAGGCAACGACUCUACAUUUGUAACUCACUCGAUUUUCCAUGGGCACGGACGGUGAACUUUGAAAAAAAAUUCUUCUUUAAGCUUUCUUUUUAGUUUUUUGAAUGAAGAAAACCAUGUUAGGUUUGUGUGAUAAACUCUAGUUGGGUAUUGUGACUUGUGAAGUCUACUUUUAUAUUUAACAAAAAUAACAAGCAUUGAAAAGA